CUCUCCUAACCAUUGUAAUCCCAUAUGUGCAUGUGUAAACAUUUCAAUAGAACACAGGCUGGUACCCAGAACCCACUCGCGUUGUUUUGCAGUAUCAUUUCCUGGUGGGAGACUUCCGGAUGUGAUACUGAAAGGUUUGGUCCAACAAGAGACAGAGUUGUUAGUUAAAUUCCACUGUAGGUACGACAAGACGUUUACAAAGAUGUCCUCCCGCAGUUUUAGUCAUGAACAUGUCGCUGUCAGCCUAGCACUGGCCUUGAUUAUGAUGUUGACAGGCCGGAGUGAGGCCCAGACCCAGUACUACGGCAAACUGAUCGGCAGCUUCCCGUCCUCGGCCGGGCAGGGCGGAGUGGCCGGGACCGUGUACGCUGUGGACAACAACAGACUGCAGAUCGUCGGCUUCUCGUUCGACGGCUCCGUCACAGCCCAGUUCCGUGCAGGCUCUACGGGCUCCCCCAGCGGUAACGGAGGUGUGCUAGUGCCUAAUGAACAAGGCGGCACUGGUCCUUUGGGUGCAUACAACAACAAGAAGCUAGUUCUGGCUCUUCCCGAAGGAACAACUCUCCAGGACACUGUCAGGUGGUUUGCUGUCUGGGGUCAGAAUAGCAACCUUGGCCAUGUGACUGUCCCAGAUAAUUUUGACUACCCUCGCCAACGUAACAUUGGAGAGUUCGAAAGACGCCAACAUCAAGUCCGCUCAGGGGAUGUCACCAUAUUGAAUGCCAAACAAUUCUACAUACGAAAUCUGCACUAUGAUGGACUUGGACCUGAUGCAUUUUUCUGGGCUGGGCAAACUGACAGUCCCAGCUCCAGCGGAUUCAAGGUCCCUGACCACAGGGGAAGUUCUGACGAGAAAUUGCCAAGGUACACUGGCCAGACCAUCACCAUCGUGCUGCCAGGUGACGUAACUGUAUACGACAUCAAGUGGCUCAGCAUGUGGUGCAUACUCUUCAGAGCAAACUUUGGCGAAGUGUUCAUCCCUACAGACCUUAAUGUCCCGCCAAUGGUGGAAGAUGUGCCAGUCCCUCCUAUGCCCAUGAUGAACUGUGAGGAGCUGCAUCGUGACAUGCAGGUCAGCUGGACCCUAGCCGGAGAUAACCUGGACGUUGAGUUGGCAGGCCGAGUGGAGGAUGGAGACUACAUGGCAUUCGGCAUCAGUGGCUGCAACGACCGUGUCUGUAUGGUGGGUUCUGAUGUGACUGUGGCCUGGUAUGAUGGCGACACUCCUCGGGCUGUGGACUACACUUUAAAAGCCUACUCUCAGUGCAGUGGGACAUCUGGAGUGUGUCCGGAUGAUCGAGUCGGCGGGGCAGACAACAACGUUAACAUCACAGGCCGACAGGUCAAUGGCAUCACCAGGAUUCGGUACUCUCGUCCCAUCAACACGGGCGACACCACAACUGACAAGGUCAUUGACCCAUCUCAGAAUAUGUACAUCUCUUGGGCAAUUGGACCGAUCAACCCAAGCGGCGUCGCUGCCAAACAUCACACCAGAGUCGAGGAUCAAGUCCGGAUCACGUUUGGCCGUCAGGCUUCUGAUAUGUGUGAGAUGAUCAUCAGUGCGAUGCCCGCCCCUGUCACGCCUUGGCCAACCAGGAAAAUCAAGGGCGACCAAGUCACAAACUUCACUGUUCGCAUUGGACCAACGGGUGGAAGGAGAGGUUUUGAAGCUAUCACAGGACUGCCAUCCUGGGGGAUCGCCUAUUGGCUGAAUGGCCUCCUGAUUCCUGAGCUGGAGCUGAAGAGGGGUUGGAACUACACAUUCAUCGUGGAGGGAGGGGACAACCCCGCCACUCCUGAACGGUACCACCCCUUCUACAUUACGGACGAUCCCAUUGGCGGCUACACACAGAAAACACCUGCAGAAAAACAGCAAAUCAACGUGUUUGCUGGUGUUGAUGAGCGUGGGAUGCCAACAGCAGCUGGCCGCUACUGUGAGUACAACAACCCGAAUGGUGACGCGUCAGAGACAUCCGAGACGUUUGCAGAGUACGCCAGGACGUUACAGGUGGACUGCAGGCCGGGCCAGUCAGCGCAGUUCACCUGGACUCCUGAUGACAACACACCAGACCUGGUGUACUACCAUUGCUUCACUCACCAGUACCUCGGCUGGAAGAUCCAUGUGGUGGAUGAGUUCACCUCGGGAGCAGUGGGGGUCAGUGCUGGCACGUUGACAGUUAUGGGCGCUCUUAUUGCUGGAGCAUUGUUACUCAGCUACAUAGAUGUAUAGGGGUAUGUGUCAAACAUAUAUGCUAGAUCAAAUGAAUGUUUUAGUCUUUGCACUGUGGUAGUUCUGCAUGGGCAUGUUAACUGUAAAAGGAGCACAGGCAUGAAAGGUGGCAGUGCUCAGUUUGAAUGCUCAUUUUAUCUAUUUUGAUAGUGAAGACUUUCUUUCCAGGGCGUCACAACCUUUACUGCUCGCAUCAGGCCAAGCAGUGUAACUCCAACUCCCUUCACGACAACAUUUCCUUCGACAAUGACUUUUACUUCAGCAGGAAUACGUGCGGGCACGCUUGAUGUCAUGGGGGCUCUUAUUGCUGGAGCACUGUCCGUGUUAUACAACUGCAUUUAGCAUAAUAUGAAUGCAGGAUUAAAAGGAUGGCUUUAUUUCUGCAGUGUGGUAGUUCUAUGUGUGUGUACUAUAACAGUGCUUUUAUGUGCAAUGAUUAAUUGUAAACUGAUACUGUUAUUCAAAUGUUGACCACUUGCGUGUUUGUCUUUAUGUACAUACAGCAGUUAUAUGUUAUCUUGGUUUCUCAGAUUUAUUUGGCAGAUUUAUUAGGGUUCCUGUAGAAUGAUACCGCUGCUCUUGAUGCUUCCAGAACAAGUGUAUGAUGAUGAAAUGUUGUUAGCACACUGAAAUAGCUGUACAUAUAGGUGGAACUGCAUUGCGUCAUAAUAAUUUAAGGUAAUGACAAAUGAUUGUUGAAAUGCCUAAAUUUUAGUCUUUAGAAAUGCUGUCAUCAAUCUUGUUACUUAGGAUUUGGAUAAAGGUAAAACUCUUCUAUAAGUGUUUUUCUUUUAAAAAUGAGAAUUUGUCUAGGAGUAAAUCAUAUGGGGUGAGUUUUUAAAAGAUUGUCACUACAUUGUUGUACACUGGGCAAGGCUGUAUGUUGACGGUUCUCAAUAAAUGUACACUAUGAAGUACUGUU